AGUAUGUGGAAUAAUUGUUAACUAACUGAAUCGUCCAAAAACAAAGCCGAGAUAGCGGAAAGGAAAAGGAUACGGUAUCUGUCGUUAGUUUACGCGGAGGGAACUGACAGGGAGAGUAGGCUAUUGUAUUAUUAUCACCACAGCUGCUGAACAGAGGAGCAUAAGUGGACGAAUACUACGGCUGCCAGAGGCUGUUCCCACACUGUCUAUCUCCACUGUCACUCAACAUCAACCAGCGAAUCAACGGCCUCGCUGAGACUGCCGGGCUCUAUCGGAGCCAUGGGUGAGGCUAAGGUCCUGAUGUUGCUUCUUCUGAUCGGUUGGGAGAAGUCGUUGAGUCUCAACUGGAACCCAAUACCACGCAAGACCGUCAGAUACCAUGAGGUGCUGGACAGCAUGGCCAGGUUCCGGGCUCUAGGUGUGUGGAACUACACCAUGGUGACUCUAGCAGAACACGAGAGGGUUCUGUAUGUAGGAGCUAGAGAGGUCCUGUUUGCCCUGGACCCUAACGACAUCAGCAGACAGCUACGACCUCUGAUUGAGUGGCCAGCACCACAGGAGAAGAAGAGAGAGUGUUCUGCCAAGGGCAAGAACAACCAGACGGAGUGCUUCAACUACAUCCGCUUCCUGCAGAGCUACAACCACACCCACCUCUACACCUGUGGAACCUUCGCCUUCCAGCCCAAGUGCACCUACAUCAAUGCUGACCACUUCAGUCUCAACCCUGGCUCCCUGGAGGAUGGGAAGGGCAAGUGUCCCUACGACCCUGCCAAAGGCCACACAGGCCUCAUAGUGGACAAGGAGCUGUACUCUGCCACACUGAAUAACUUCCUGGGUACUGAGCCUGUGAUCCUGAGGAACCUGGGACAGCAACACUACAGCAUGAAGAGUGAAUACCUGCCGGCCUGGCUCAACGAGGCCUGACUUGUGGGCUCGGCCUUGGUGAGGGAGAGCAGUGGCAGUAAGGAAGGGGAUGAUGACAAGAUCUACUUCUUCUUCAGUGAGAGAGCUGUAGAGCUGGACUGUGACACAGAGCUCACUGUGGCCAGGGUGGCCCGCGUCUGCAAGGGUGAUCUGGGGGGCACCAGGACCCUGCAGAAGAAGUGGACCACCUUCCAGAAGGCCAGGCUGGUGUGUUCUCUCCCUGAACGCCACGUCACCUUCAACAACCUGCGGGAAGUCUUCACCCUGCCAGGCAUCGACUGGCGCACCACCACCUUCUAUGGCAUCUUCCACGCCCAGUGGGGUGAUGUGGAUGUGUCAGCGGUGUGUCAGUACCAGAUAGGGGAGGUGAAGAAGGUGUUUGACGGCCCGUAUAAGGAGUACAGAGAGGGCUCCCAGAGAUGGGGACGAUACACUGGCACUGUCCCCAGCCCACGGCCCGGAGCGUGCAUUACAAGCUGGCAUAGGGAGAACGGCUACAACAGCUCUCUUCAGUUGCCAGACGCCACUCUCAACUUUGCCAAGAAGCACCCUCUGAUGGAGGAGAAGGCUCAGGCUCGCCCCCUACUGCUCACCAAGGGCAUCAACUUCACCCGCCUGGCAGUGGACCGGGUCAGCUCCCUGGACCAGCGUGCAUACAACAUGCUGUUCAUUGGCACAGCAGACGGCUGGUUACAGAGGGUAGUGAUCUUUGGCUCGGAGGCCCAUGUGAUUGAAGAGAUACAGCUGUUUGAUUCUCCCCAGCCAGUGGACAGCCUAACCAUCUCUCACACCAAGAAGUACUUGUACAUUGGCUCACGUUCAGAGGUGCUCCAGCUGCCCUUGGCUAACUGCAGCCGCUAUCAGUCGCAGCCAGACUGCCUUCUGUCCCGGGACCCCUACUGCGCCUGGGACAGCGAGGGCCGCGCCUGUGUCCGCAUCGACCUCCACCGCGGAUCUACCUCCUCCCUUUCCCAAGAUCUGAUGCUGGAGAGAUUCAGCAGGGGCAAAGCCAAGUUUGACAAGCCUGUGGCCAUCCCCAGCCCUGACAACUCUCGGCUGAGGAAUGUGACAGUAGUGGUAGAAUCAGACAUGGUGCUGCCCUGCCAGCUGGUGUCCAACCUGGCCCAGCCCUCCUGGGUCCUCAAUGACCGCGAGCUGCAGCUAGGAGACGAGGAGGCCGGGGGGCCACGCUUCGACCGGGCCCUGAAGGCUCUGGUGGUCCCCAACGUGAUGCCUGUGCACGCAGGACGCUACGUGUGCUACUCCGAGGAGCAGGGGGUCAAGUUUCAGACGGAGCGCUACCAGGUGUCGGUGGUGGCCAGCUCCCCUGUGGUCAUGGCGGCCCGGGCCCCUGACGGCAGCAUGGGUCUGUUCUGGGUGUUGGUGAUCACCCUGGGGGCCGCCUGUUUAUUACUAUUGGUGGCAGCUCUGUAUCUGAGGAGGCGUCUGAAGCUGGCCAUAGGUAAAGGAACGGAGAUGAAGCCCCUGGAAAGCACCUUGGUCUACCCCAUCACCCUGCCCAAGGAGCCACCUACCUUCGUGCCCAGCAAGAUGCCCAGCGACGAGGACCGCUUCUGGGAGACGGGCGCCAACUACUACUACUCAGACGGCUCGCUGAAGAUCGUUCCCGGCCACGCCCUGUGCCCCAGCAGCCAGUCCCACCACCACGCCCCCACGGCGUCUCCCAGCGCCAUCCCCGGUCAGCCCAUCCACUCCCCCAGCCGGCUCAGCCUCACCAACAUCAGGGGCUCCGGCAGCAACGGCUACAUCCGCCUCAACCUGAGCUCGGCCGGGGAGGAUAGGGUUAGCGGGGGUGGUUCUGGUGGAGGAGGGCUGGGGCUGGGGCUAAGCGGGGGCGGGAACGACUACUCCAGCCCCUUCAAGGAGGAGCUGCGUCGGACCCUGCAGCAGAGGAGCGUGCUGCCUGACGCCAACCCUGAAGAGUCGUCUGUGUAGUCUUUCUCCGCGCCUGCCGUAAUGAAAAAACAAAACAAGAGACAACGAACGGCAACUAACCUACCUCCCUCCUCUCUCUCUCUUUCUCGGCUCCACUGUCACUCCAUGCUCUUUCUCUCUCUCUUUUUCUGACAAUGCUCGUUUGGCUGACUCUGUGACUGGCAGAAGACGCUUUUUGCACAGAGCAUGUGAUGUGACACACACGCCGAAUAUUCAUCAGCAUCCACUCCUGUUAUUAUUGUGUUCCAUCCGCUCCUGUUAUUAUUGUGUUCCAUCCGCUCCUGUUAUUAUUGUGUUCCAUCCGCUCCUGUUAUUAUGU